AUGGGACAAACUUGCAGCCUGUAUUCGCAGAUUGAAAUCAACGCUUCCCCGGAGAUAGUGCGAUCAGUGCUGCUCGACUUUGAGCGCCACAAGAACUGGCAUGCCACAUAUGUAUUCAAAUGCUUGGAUCCGAAAAUAAAGCCCAUCGACCUCAAGCCCGGAGACAAGCUGGACAUGGAGAUCAGAGGUUACACACUCAUGGGCUGCCCGUAUCCCUUUCGUUUUCAGCCCACGCUACGGGAGACCCCCGGCGGUACGACAUUCAUCCAGAGCGAGGAAUUCACCGGGCUGUUUGCCUUCCUCGUCGGCCAAAUCUGGGCAUUCGGGAGGCAGAGCCUGGGGCAUUUCCGAGUGCUCAGCCAGGACUUGAAAACGGCCGCUGAGCAACAGGCUAAUGGAUUCGGUGCCGGGAUUUACUGA